GCCAAACUACUAUGCGUGUUCUCCAGCGGGAAUCCCACCCUCGUGCACACCAGUGAGAGAGUGAUAGAAAAAGGUUUAUCGUAUUAACUCAGCUACAUCAGGCUGCCAUGGUGUCUUGCACGUGAAAGAGAGCGCAAGUCAGUUGGACCUACAGACUCUAAUUAGGGGUCCAAAGUCCGGAGUAUCAGCCUAGGCUCUCUUGCUUCUAUUUUUUUUAAAAAUAGGUUUUGCUGAGAAGCGGGUUCAUUGACCACCAUGCCGUCCGGAGAUGGAGAGGACACCUACGUGUGCACGCUUCCCGACUGGCUCCAAGAGAAGGCAGAGAAAGAGUUGAACGAACGGAAGGAAACUCGAGCAGACGACAUCAAAGCCAUUCGACACUGGUUGGAGAAACAGCCUCAUCUUCAAACCGUGCCUCGAGAUGAUCGGACCAUCCUCAUGUUCCUGCGGGGAUGCAAGUUCAGCUUGGAGAGGACUAAGGAAAAGCUGGAUAUGUUUUUCUCCAUCAGAACUCUGUUGCCCGAAUUCUUCGAGAACGGGGACCCGAUGCAUCCGACGAACCUGGCCAUUUUACGCCUUGGGACGUGCCUUCCGGUGGAAGACAAGUAUGAAGCCGAUGGAAGCAAAAUCGUAAUCGCAAGGGCGGCUGUUCAAGAUCCGGACAAGAUCAAGCAGGAAGACAUCAUCCGUGUCAUUUGCUUCAUCGGGGAUAUCAUCCUUAACGUAGACGAACAGACUCAAAUCUGUGGCGUCACUGGUGUGAUAGACUUAACCGGAAUGACGUGGGCCCACGGCAUGGCUCUGACCCCGGCUUUGGUGAAAAAGGCCAUGACAGCCUGGCAGGAUGGAUACCCGGCAAGGCAUAAGAGAUUACAUUACAUCAACGCUCCUCCCUUUUUCGAGUCCGUCUUCAACAUCUUCCGUGGUUUCAUGAAUGAGAAGAUAAAACGAAGGGUUAGCUUUCAUGGGAACAGAUUUGAAUCUUUGCAUCAGAUGAUCCCAGUACAUCUUCUGCCCAAAGAGCUGGGUGGAACAUACGGAAAUUACGAAGACAUGGCAGAUUACUGGAUGAAAAAGGUCCUGAGCCAUCGUGAAGAGAUCAUGGAGAGAGCGAUGCAGAAGUCCAACGAGAAACUCCGUCCUGGGAAAGCCAAGAGCUUCGAGGAUGUCUUUGGCAUCGAGGGAUCGUUCAGGAAGCUCAAUGUGGAUUGAUAUGAAUAUAACAGAUGUCAUUUUCUUCCCGUCAGCAGACAUGAGAACUUUCACACC